GUGAAAAUCAGCUGACGGCUUUUCUGUGUACAUACGUAAAUAAAGAAAUUGAUUUGUUCUCCGCCGCCAUGAAAAUUUGUAUUCCGAUUUGCACGCGGUCGAAGCGCUCGAACUUGCCUCUAAAUUAUUCUCAUUGAUUAAUAGUAUAAGCGUCGUGAUAAUGUUGAAAGGAAAUCCGAGUAAAGUUGGUUCUCGGCUCGCGAUUUGACACUAACCAUUAACCCCGCGAAUGAACGGGAACAAAAGAAUAGUUUACUAUUUGUUUACAAACAUUAGAGUAAUUUCCGCAAAAGCUGCCUCUGUGCUCUGUGAAAAUGGAAUCAGUGUGUGAAGACCUGGGCAUCCCCAAACAACAUGUGCAGAAGGUCACUGGGAGCCCCGACAGGUUCUUGGUCGUCGUCGACAAGGGCUGGCUCAGGUGCCUCGACGAGCAAAAGAAACUACAAGAGUUCCCCGUGUACUCGGGUCUCGACCAAAGAGUGCAAUCCUACCUCGGCCAUCCAUGGACUAAAGUGUAUUUUCAAAUAUUUAAAAAAUUCAACCACAAAGUCAUCCCAUUGCCCCGAAACCGAUUGGAAGCAGAUCACGAGCUCCCACUAACUUUCGCACAAAUUCUCACAUUCGUUUCCACCAAAAACUAUCAGCAUCUUUGGAAGACGGCAUGGGGAAAGUACACCAACUCGCACAGUAGACUGAAUAAGCAAAAUGCCGGGGCAAGCAGGCCGAAUGGCUCCGCAUUCGACUUGAUCCCUUACGACAUCGUACUCAAGGAACUCAUUCAAAAGAUGUUCGGGUGCUGCAUAAUCCACGCGAAAUUAGAUCGCAUCAAAUCCCCCGUCGAUCAGCAGUUCGUCGCCUAUCACGCGGACGUGCACGCCAACUGCCUUCCCGCUCUGAUUGCCAUCGAAACGUCGAGUCAUAUCUCUGUAAUUUUCUAUCCGCCCACCAUUGAGACUUCACUACACGACUGCAUCACGUUCAGUCCAGCGGUUCUGGGCAAAUCACACAACAAGACGCUGUUCAUCAUUUACCAAAUCUUGCAAUUCACUAAGUACCUGCACGACAACGGAAUGCUGAUUGGGGACCUUUCCCUGCAUGAUAUUUACUUUAAAGAGAAUCUCUGGCUCCAAAUAGUUCCCAAUCUUGAAUCGAACAUUAGCCGCUUGGAUGCCGACGAUACCCCGACAGAUCCCACAGACGAGUUUACAGAAAGCGCGAAAUUUGAUUUAAGAUUCGCGUACGACUUGCAGCAAUUUUCCUUGAGGGAAUAUUGCGAAAUGUGGUGCAAUGGGCAACUGUCCAACUUUGAUUACUUAACGAUUCUUAAUAAUAUGACAGGGCGAAGGAUAGGCAGCCCAGAGUAUCACCACAUUAUGCCGUGGGUCACCGACUUUGCAAGUCGCAACGGGCAAAACUGGCGCGAUCUGAGCAAGUCUAAAUACCGCAUCAACAAGGGAGAUCCGCAUCUGGACUUCAUGUUCACUCCGACUACUGGCAAUGAGGUUCCCCAUCACGUUUCCGACUUUCUUUCCGAAAUUACGUAUUUUGUGUAUAUGGCGCGCAGAACCCCGCAACAUGUUCUAUGUCAACACGUACGGCCAAUAUGGGUCCCCGCUGAAUACCCCGCGUCUAUCCAGCGGCUGCAAGAGUGGACUCCGGAUGAAUGCAUUCCUGAAUUCUUCUCCGAUCCAAUGGUUUUUAAGAGCAUUCAUGAGGAUUUGCCUGAUCUGGAGCUACCUACAUGGGCCACUUGCCCAGAAGAUUUUAUUGCAAAGCAUCGAGAAGCGUUGGAAAGUCAACAUGUCUCAGAGAGGCUGCAUCACUGGAUUGAUUUGAAUUUUGGAUACAAACUUACUGGACAAGCAGCUGUCAAAUCUAAAAACGUUUGCCUGCCUCUAGUCGAUAACCAUAAAAAUCUAAGCAAAAGAGGAAUCGUCCAACUUUUCACUCAACCGCAUCCACCAAAGCGCACUCAUUCGAUAUGGUUUAGCCGCACACCACCACGAUUAUCCUCAACGACCACCGACCAAUCCAGGCGUAGAAUGACACGUAGCUCAGAAGAUCUGUCGGCAACAAGAAGUUCUUCUAGAAAUUACCAGGACAAUGAAUACCACUCAUCACCCGGACGGAAAUAUAACACAAGCCCAAAGCAAGUACACAGACGAACUACAAAUCAAAAUAUUCCCGAGGGCGAGGUGCUUACAGGAAUGAAUAUAGAACGGUCAACAAGCUAUCAUUCAAAUGUACAACAGCAACGAUCUCCUCACACAAUCGUUUUACCAAAAGAUUACAAUCCCAGUGCUCAAAUCACUCUUUUGGAAAAUAUGGAGACAUUCAUUGCAAAAACAUUUCUAAGCCAAAAAUCCACUAUUAGUCCGACAGCCGAAAAGCUUGCAGUUAAUGACUUGAUGUUUGAAGAGUCCUCAGAGAAUUCGUAUACCAAUCGGAUUUUCUCAGAAGUCUACGAAGCUGGUUUAAUGAAAGAUGAAAAACGCUUACACAAUUUGCGCCACAAGAAUCUCAUUGUACAAAACUCAACUAGAAAUUUCAAACUGAUAGUUUCGGAAAAACGGAAAUGCGAACUGCAAGUAUUGGGAUGUCUUAUUGUUGAAUUGUUUUUACUGGAUAAAGUUCGCCCCCUGACAGGAGACACGAGCGGCCACCGCCUAAAUUUCGAAAGUCGCCUGGCAGCAUGUCAGAAUGUUGCUAGGGCUUACAUGGACGAGAUUCCAAAAUGUGUUCAAUAUGCAGUGAAGUUAUUUUUGAAGCUUGAUAGUCCAGCAGUCUUACAGACAGGAAUUACUGAUUUGGGUUUUCCAGCACCAUCUGCCCAUCAAAUUUUACAACCGAUUUUUAGCAAUUCAAUCAUACCUUUCCCUAUAAGCUAUUACAGAAUCUAUGCGCUAGUGACAUGUCUGCAAAACUUUGACUUCACAUCUCAUUUAUUAGCAUUGAAUACUUAUUUCCAUUGCGAUGGAUCAAAAUGCUCACAAUUCAAUGAUUUGGACCGAAAACGAGUUGUUUUCUCGCGAAAAAUUGCGGAAUGUAAAGUAAAAGCCAGUUGCUUGCACAUUGAGGGUCUUUUAGAUCCUAUCGCUUAUGAACAGUUCAAUCCAAUUGAAUUAAUCUUGCCACAUGUCAUAGAUAUGCUUCGAACGGAAGAUACAUCAAUACUGACUGCAUGGUAUCUGUUCGACUCAGUAGCAGCCGCCCUAGGUAUCCGAGAGACACAAAAGCAUUUACUUGACCCAAUGCUGCGAUUGUAUAGUUCAGAGAAUGAUGAAAGGACGCAAUUUUUGACAAGACGAAACUUUGAUUCAUCAAUGCGUUUUACCAUGAGCUCAACGUUUAAAAGUCGCAAAUCUGUAAAACUUUACCACCACAGUUUCCUGUUGCGCUUAAUUGUUCGGUUUGGACUGAAAUGUUUCUUGGAUAAUUUUGUUUCGGCUUUAAUCGAAGCCGUAGGAGGCUAUAAAGAACCAGAGGAAAGUACAGGUUUUCACUUUCACGGAAGCAACCUCAGCCAGUACUCUGAAUACCGACGUUCAUCAAGAUCUAAAAAUUUUAGGAUUUGUUGCAAUGAAGAGUCAGAUAAUUCUCUGACUCUAAUGUCGCCUGAUCAUUCUGAUCUCAAAUCGGAUAAUACACCAUCCCUAGAUCAAACAAUGCGACAAGAAAUUGACGAGCUAUUUACAUUCGAGGCGGAUGAGAAUACAUUGUCAGAAAAGCAAAAAGAAUUUGAAAUGAACAGGUCAAUGGAAUCACUAGAAUUGCGUUUGAAUCAUUCCACUGCCGAAGAAGCUACAGAAGAAGGAGCUGAAAACGGCUUUACACCUGAAAAGCUGGCAAUUCAUGAUAUCAUAUAUGCAGGCAGCAAACUCUCAAACAAUUCCUUCGAUGAUGACAAAAUCUCAGUGAAUAGCAGCCAAGCAUCAGUUGACAGUCCACAAAAAACGACAGAGACCAUGCCAAAUACUGACCCCAAAUCUCCAACGAUACCGAUACCAUCUUCAUUCCGUCGUGGUUACGAAUUCAACACAAUUGACUGCGAAAUUGGAAGUAAGAAAAGUAUAGACUCAUUCGAUUUCCUAGCACAAUGUGAAAACCGAAAUCAAAACUUGGAAUCUCAAAUCGACCAGGGCGACAAACCUGAUGAAGAUGAUAACUCCAUACAGGCUACAACUACAUCUUGUCUAUCCGCUCAGGGGACAACCACCUCAAAAAUUAUGGAAAUGAGAAAUGCUCGAAAUAAUCGAAUCUCAGAAAUGAGUAUGGAAAGCCUGAUUUGGUUGUCUCAUCGUCUUGGGCCGGUGCUAACAGCACGAUAUCUCUCACGGAAUUUGCUGAAAAUGUUAACUUUGUGUUAUAUUGGCCAAGAGAAUUUGUUACCAGCUUCACCAGAAGAAAUAGAAUUAGAAAAGAAAGGUGCAGUGAGAGAGGAUAAAACACUGGAUUUGUUUUCCGUGGCCGAUUCAAUUGUUGUGGGAGACUAUAACGCUGUAAGAGUGUUGGAGUGCCUUAUUGCAAUUGCGGGCUUAUUCGGUGAGCAAUUUAUUUUACUGCAAUACUUUCCACAUGUCAGCGAAUUGAUAGCUUUAUGCAAAAGGCGCAUUACUUCAAGCCUAGAAGGAGCACUUAUAAGUUCACUACAGCUUGUUAAAUGUAUUGUUCCUUGCUUGCUGGAUACUACAAUUAUGGACCAAUUGCAAGAUGUCUUACUCGGCGGAAUUAUUCAUCCGAUCAUCAGACUUCUUGGUUCCAGUCAAUUAACAAUGCCCAGCGGUUACCUAGGCCGAAAUGUACUUGCACGAAAACUAGUAGACACAGUUUACGCUCUAUCUAUUCGAAUUGGUCCAGAAAUGUCUAAAGAACACCUAUGCGUGCCAGCGUUGCAACGCUACUUUUUAAUAUUUGAUAAAGCCUACGGAAUCCAGGAGAACUUCGACAAAAAACGUAAGGAUGAACCUACUGCCCGCAAUGUUUCACAAUCAACUACAUCUUUGGAUGACUCAAACUACAUUGAAAUACGCCGAGAUGGUGGAGUUAAAGAAUGGAACAUUCGCGGUUCAAGGAUUCAGCAAGUAAAAGCACGCCAUGAGCCAAGCCCUAACGGAAGUAUAACUCCACCUCCGUGUGAUGUGGGUGCCGAUGAUAUGGAAUUGCACUUACGCGAACGCGGGCUUGAUGAAAUUAGAGAUGUGUUCACACCUAGUCUUGCUCAUUGCUCCUUUUUGGCCUUCCUACAAUUUCUAGGAGAUGCAAUCAUGUCAAAAACAAUAUUAAAUACGAACUUAAUAUUGACCUUAUGUCACGAAUUUGAACAGCCCGAAUACUGCCCUACUUCAAGUCUUGAAAGGAACAAACGAUCAACAUUAGGACUGCAGUCCACACUGUCUGCAUCAGGAGCAGCUAAUGAUGACGCGAACAUUUCAUCAAAUAGUUUUGGAUCUGCUGUAAUUGGAAAUCGUAUUGAAAUCACUCGUCCUCAACCUAAACAAGAUGCAAUUGGCCCGAUGGAGGUUUUGGACAUGGUUGCUUAUAAAAUGGAACAAAUGAAUACCUCCCGCCAUCUCCGAGGAAAUUGGCUUGCUUAUUGGGAACAUGAAAUCGGACGCCCUGACAAAGAUUUUCAUUUGAAUUUAAAGCAAAUUAAAUUGCAAACUUUUGCAGGUCACACAAAUAGUGUUCGUUCAAUUUUAUCUUUAGAUAAUGAGAAUAGUUUUAUGUCAGGCUCAAAAGAUAAAACUGUUAAAUUAUGGUCACUUCGAAGCGAAGGAGAUGGCACCAAAGUAACGUCAAGUCAAUUCACAUAUUCCAAUCACAAGAAAUCUGUUCAUAGUUUAGCAUUCUUGGAGUCGAUGAGAUACGUAGUAUCUUGUGACUCUGGUGUUCAUAUAUGGGAUCCGUUUAUUGGACGCGCUCUCGGCGUUUUGGAUUCUCACACCAAAUACAGCCCUGUGAGUGUAGUACGUACGUAUCCGUCACCAAGUCCCCUAAUUUUAGCCGGCACUGCGGAAUCUACUGUGAAAAUUAUUGAUGCAAGGACCUUUAACUAUGUUAACGAAUGGAAGGUGACAUCCACACAAAACAAUACCGUACGAUGUUUGGCAUGUUCACCUUCAGGACAUUGGGUUGCUGUUGGCUUAGCAUCGGGAACAAUCAUCAUAUUAGACGGUCGAACUGGAUUAAUAUUGAACACAUGGAAAGCAACUGACGGUGAACUGCUUCAAUUGGUUGCACCAAAUGAUCAUCAAAUUAUCAGUUCAAGCCUGGACCACAGCAUAUCGGUGUGGAAUAUAACAGAAUCAAAUCUGCAAUUUCAAUUAAGACAACCACCGGAACCAGCUCAUUGCUUACAGACCAGCAGCAAUGAAUUAAUAUUUGCGACACCUGCAAAUCGUAUUGGUGUUUAUUCAAACCUCUCAUCCUCAGAUGGUACGUACUCCAUCACAAAACUUCGAUCGGAAUCGCUGCGCGGUGUCUUGACUAGUCUAGCUGUAUUGCCAUUAAAUCGGAUGAUCUUAGCCGGAAAUGAUAGCGGAAAUAUCGUUUUAUUAUGUUAAUGUGACAUAAUGAAACGCAGUAGAAUUUCCUCGAAAUGCAGGUUGACUAAAAUUAAUGGAAGACAAUGGGGAUGUAAUGAGACCAAUCAUAGUAAAUACAAUACUUACUCUGUCUUGAAGACAACAGCAUCCAGGAUCCUAAAUUAAUAUUUAUUUUUAAACUGACAUUUUAAAAUUAGAAGUCAUAAGUCUUAGACGAAACAAUUUUUAAAAAUCUUACAGAACACUCCUGAAUCAGCUUGAUUGCACUCGAAUUUUUGUCAGUUACGGCUAUUUCAAAAUACUGCCUAAUUUUGUUAAAUUAAAUUUUUUAUAUCGAUAUGAUGCUGGUUUAAACUGUUCUUGAAAAUUGCACCAGGUACAUGUUCAUUUCAAGGCAAAGUUCAUACGCACACUUAGCAAAAACCGCGACGCCAGAAACCUCUAGAUUGCAAUCGAUUUUCAAUAAUUCUUUUCUUAUAAUUUGUGAUAAAAGUGAUAUUAUAUUCUCGUUUUGAUUUUAUAUUAUUUUACGUAUUUUUUUUUUCUUUUUAAUUAAGUGGCACUAAAAUUCAUCUCAUUUUACUUAUACGAAAGUUAUCCAAGUAUCCCAAAAAUGAAGUAAAAAUAAUGCCAAAAACAUUCCUUUUAAAGAAAACCGUAUGAGACAAUUUGUUAUGUAGUCUUAUGAAUGUUGACGCGAAAAAAAUAAUAUUAAAUAAGUUAAAUAGAAU